AUGGGGGAAGAAGAUGCAGUAGAAGAGAUCAACAAGCUAAGCCAAUCCUCCACUGUUUUGGUAUACCAAGAGAAGUUUGAAGAGUUGAGAUCAAUAGUAAUGAUCCAGAUGCCAGAGCUGACUGAGUCUUACUACAUUUCUAGUUUCCUAAGUGGACUGAAGGGGGAAAUCAAAUCUGCUGUGAAGAUGCAUAGACCUAAUAGUUUGCAGACUGCCUUUGAGAUAGCGAGGUGGAAGGAACAUCACUUAGAACUUGUCCACAAAUUUAGCAAAACUACACUCAAGAGUGCCUUACAUUCAACUUCUUAUGAACCAGCCAAAGGUAUGCAUGGAGUUCAGGAUCCAGGAGCAAACAGGCUGAUGCACUUUCAACAAAUUACAGCAAGAAGUCCAAUUCGCAACAAGUUUUCAAGAAGAUAUCCCCAACUGAAUUUUAGUGCAGAAAGGAUCACAACUUAUGCUAUAGGUGUGGAGAAAAAUUUAGUCCCAGCCAUAGUUGUAAAAACAAGAGGAUUCACAUGA